AUGAGUCCAGCCCUUCAGCGAGGCGCCCGGAUUCUGUCCUGGACGCGAGUUGUGCCUCGAGUUCACAGGCAGGUCAGAUUUAUUCAGAUUCGCGCGACACCCUCGGCGGAGCCCACCGUCAACGGCGACCACCUGCCUCUUGCUGGCACGCCCAGUUUUGCCGAAUCGCGAGAUGCGCGGUUCGAUGUCGUUGGCGCGCCGUACUCAUUGCUCUCGGUUUCAUUGUCGGCUUCGCAGAACCUGUACACGCGCCGCGGUACGUUGGUUGGAUUGAGCGGCAAGGCAGACAAUGUUGUUUCAACGUUGAGUGUUCUUGAACCUUUCCGCAGGGCUCCUCUGGGAGUUCCUUUCUUGUACCAAAAGGUAGACCUUACAUGGGUCUCCUCCGCCAGUCCCGUUACAGCCCUCAUUUCUACUCGAUCCCCAACAACGUCCUUCGCUGUGGUGAACCUCAAUGGCUCGGUUGAUUGGAUGGUAUCCCAACGACGCGCACUGUUGGCGUGGACAGGCCGGUCCUUGUCCGUCAAGCCCACAAUCGAUGCUAGUCUCAGCAUGGCACACUGGGGAAGCUCGGCAAUCACUGGCCGAGGAUUGAUCGCAUUGGUCGGCCAGGGACAGGUUUACUCCGUAGAGCUGAAGCAGGGCGAACAGUACAUUGUUCAUCCUAGCAACGUUGUCGCUUACACCAUGUCUUCCAACCCUCCUCGCCCCUACCGCUUCAAAUCCACAACACUGAGCUUCCAGGUCCCUGGACUGAAAAGCCUGCCACGCCUGCUGCAGAAAAACAACUUCAUUCGGGAAUUCACAGCCUCCAAGGGCUGGAAGAACACCAUGAGCGUCCUGCACAGGAUCAGGACAUGGUCUCGAAUGACCUUCUGGGGAGACAGACUAUUCCUUCAAUUCGAUGGACCUGCCACUAUCCUGAUGCAGUCUCGUGGACCUCGCGUGAACGAUAUUCUUUCUGAACGCCAAAUCACUGAGAUCGCCGAUGCCCCUCGAGGAAUCACUUCUAGUCCAGACCAUCAUGAGAAGGCCAAAUCAACACCCACAGAGGCUGAAAUAUCUCGCUCGGUCGACAGUCUGAACCGGGAGCUGGUGGGUAUUCGGCAAAGCGUUGCGGAGAUUCGAAAGGACGGAUCCGUGCAAAUCAAGGAGACUGGGCGCACGGGUGCGAAGGUUUUGUAA